AUGCCCUCGCCAGGCUCCGAGUCGGCAGAAGAGACGUAUUUCAACGAUCUGACCCAGCAAGCUCCCGAGGGGACCGGUGACAGGCAAUCGCCCACGCGCAACAACAGCCAGGACGCGCAGAACGACCAUACAGCCAAGCAGAAGCGCAUCGCCUGCGUUCUGUGUCGCAGGAGAAAGCUCAAAUGCGACGGCACUCGACCAAGCUGCAGCACAUGCAAACGCCUGUCGCAUGACUGCGCGUACGACGAAGUGCGCAAGAAGAGCGGACCGAAGCGAGGCUACGUGAAGCUGCUGGAGCAGAGGCUACAACAAGUGGAGACGCUUCUCAAGAGCCAGGACACGACCGAACCGAACAAAGACGCAUCCCGUCAGGACACCGCCACCGCCUACGUCGUAAACACCAUACAGCAAGCGGCGCCCACCACGAGAACGCAGUCCUCGAACCCCUUCGACAAGUCACUAGAGAGUCUCCUAGAUGCAAGGACGGCCUCGGUACCCGCACUUCAGAAUGACACAGCGAACACAAAUGUCCAGGAGCCAGACUAUCCUUGGGAGAUGAUUGGCUUGGGCUUGGAGGAGCCAAUGCCGCCCCAGGAUGUCAUGGAAGAACUCUAUGACAUCUACUUCACCAAGAUACACCCCUCUCUGCCGCUCAUCCACCGGCCCCGCUUCAUGGCCGCGCUGAACCUCGCGCCUCAUAUGCGACCGCCGGUAUGUCUGCGAUACAGCAUGUGGACCAUGGCAGCCUCGGUCUCGGACAAAUACGAUGCAUUCCAGGAACACUUCUACCACCGGGCCAGGAAGUAUGCACAGCUUGAUGAGUUGAGGGGUCAUGGAGAGUCCACCAUCACGCUGGCGCAUUGCCAGGCAUGGGCGCUGACGUGCUCCUACGAGUUCAAGAGCAUGUACUUUCCCAGGGCCUGGUUGUCGUCUGGCCGUGCGGUAAGGUUAGCCCAGAUGAUGCAGCUGCACCGCUUGGACGGAGCUGGACUGGACGUGAAGCAAUGUCUACCGCCGCCGAAAGACUGGACUGAAAGGGAGGAGCGAAGACGAACUUUCUGGAUAUGCUUCACCAUCGACCGUUACGCUAGCAUAGGCACAGGCUGGCCGAUGAUCAUUGAUGAACGAGACAUCUUGACGAACCUGCCGGCAAGCGAUGAAGCAUUUGAAAGGAGCAAAGCAAUGACGACAGGCUCCCUCGAACAAGCUUUGAAGCCCAUGGGUGCGAGCAAUCUCGAGUCACUCGGAGCCAUUGCCCUAACAGCGGCAAUGUUUGGUCGCAAUCUACUGCAUCUGCACCGGCCGACAUCCGAAGAUAACGAAAGCGACAUCAAUGGCGGGUUCUGGACUCGGCAUCGUGAAAUCGAACAGAUCCUCCUUCAAACGUCGCUUGGCCUGCCUGAGCAUUUGCGCGUACCGAACGGACUCAGCAACACCAAUGUGGUGUUUGCAAACAUGUGCAUUCACACUUCCGCCAUCUGCCUGCACCAAGCAGCGAUCUUCAAGGCCGAGAAGUACCAGAUGCCCGCGAGCAUUGGCAACGAGAGCAAGGUUCGUUGCGUGACUGCAGCAGCAGAGAUAGCGUCCAUCAUGCGCAUGAUUGCCCACAUGGAUCUGUCAGCGAUGAAUCCGUUCUUAGCCUUCUGCGUCUACGUAGCAGCGCGAGUAUUUGUCCAGUACCUCAAAACUCGACCCAACGACCAGCAAAUGAAUUCUUCGCUGCAAUUUCUUCUGCAAGCAAUGCAAGCUCUGCGCCGCAAGAACCCACUCACCGAAUCUUUCUUAGUCCAGCUCGACCUUGACCUUGAAGGUGCCGGCAUCCCGAAACCAUAUAAGCCCGUGGAGAAGAAGAACUCGGUUAUACCCGUCAACACGGACCCAGUGGGUUGCAGUUCGAUCUUCGAGGUUCGAGAUACUCAGAGCUCAAAUGCAGCCAUCAAUCAAUAUGCGAACAGCAGAUCGACUUGUUCGAACGCAGCACCACAAUUCUCGUCGAACAACGGAUUCAGCUCCUCGACCGCCAGCAACAUCGAAAUCGCGCCCCAACCAGCCCCGUUCGUCCCUGUGCGAAACUUCCAGCAGGAUGUCGUACAGGACUUUUCACCACACCGAGGCCUGGCCCCUGGCACCAGCACAUUCAUGUUCAACCAUGGCGCAAACGACAUGGAUACGGCUGGCGAUCAGCCCAGCCCGUCCACCAUCAACUCACAAUCUCGUGGCGGUUCCACAUCUCAAUCUUCCUACUCACCCGGCCAACCAAGCGAGCACCAUCUCCCCUACCGCGCGUCACCGCGUUUUACAUCGUCACAGAUGUCAACGUCCGGUUUGCCACAGAGCUCGAGCUCUGCGCCUCUCGCGCCGUUAUCCUCCUACAGCAACGACAUGCCGAUGAACACGGUCGGCGAAGAAGCCAUCAACAACGGGCAGUACGAGAACAGCUACGAUUGGGAGUUCUCCACUAUGAACGGGGAGAUGAGUAUGGGGCAAGACAUGGGAGCGGGGCUGACGCCAGGGACGUGGAACUCGAUGCUGGAGAGCGUCAUGGAGCAUGUGCCAAUGGGGUGGGACGUCUUGGCCACGCCGCACGGAUCGAACGUCGAUGCCCCUGGAGCUGGCACCCAGUCUUGA